AUGAGGCACACUUCUCCACUCACAUCAUUUGGCCUUGAACUAAAAACACUAUGUCACAUAUCCCUCUGUAUCUAUCUAUCUAUCUAUCUAUCUAUCUAUCUAUCUAUCUAUCUGUGUCUCUCUCUCCCGCCCCCUCUUUCUAACUCUCAACUCCGUAUCUAUCUAUCUAUCUAUCUAUCUAUCUAUCUCUCCUCCUCCCCUCUUUCUAACUCUCAACUCCGUAUCUAUCUAUCUAUCUAUCUAUCUAUCUAUCUAUCUAUCUAUCUAUCUAUCUCUCUCUCCCUCCCCCUCUUUCUAACUCUCAACUCCGUAUCUAUCUAUCUAUCUAUCUAUCUAUCUAUCUAUCUAUCUAUCUAUCUCCCUCCCCCUCUUUCUAACUCUCAACUCCGUAUCUAUCUAUCUAUCUAUCUAUCUAUCUAUCUAUCUAUCUAUCUAUGUCUCUCUCCCCCUCUUUCUAACUCUCAACUCCGUAUCUAUCUAUCUAUCUAUCUAUCUAUCUAUCUAUCUAUCUAUCUAUCUAUUAUUAAAUGA